AUGACGGGAGAACCUUCUUUAUGCAUUAGGGGGUGUGGCUUCUUCAGCACGUCACAGACGAAGAACCUCUGUUCUAAGUGCUACAACGAUUUCUUAAAGGACGAGUCUGCCAGAUACUUGGCCACUUUCAACGUCAACACGAAAGCCGCUGAAGAGGUCACGGCGCAAGAGGCGACGGUACUCGGUAGUAAAGGCGGUUGUGCGUGCAAGAAGAAGGUGGGGUUGCUAGGGUUUCACUGUAGAUGUGGCCACUUAUUCUUCGCGUCUCACCGUUACCCGGAAGAGCAUUCAUGUCCAUCGGAUUAUAAAUCUGCCGCCAUUGACGUCUUAGCAAAACAAAACCCUGUCGUCAAGGGUGAUAAGCUCUUCAGACUUUAG